AUGCCGACCUUCGAAUCGACACUCCCCAUAAUGGCGCAAAUGGCUAGGAUACGGGCGGGUCCGGCCGCGCUGCGACGAGCGGCUGGUGGCAAUCAGAUGUCACGCCCGCUUUCACGACCGCUUGCACACCCGGCUACGCGACUGUCGAUCGGCGCAUUACGGACAAGAUGCAUUGCGACGAAUGCUGCGAUCCAGGAACCUGAUGUGGAUUUCCCUGCGGGUGUGCCUCCAGUUUCGGUGCCGGCGUCGUCGAAGGUGGAUGAGCGGAGGAAGGCGAUUAAGAACGCGAAACCUUUCUCUGAUUUCUUGACGGAUACGUUCAAUCGGCAGCAUGACUAUCUCCGCAUCAGCAUCACAGAGCGCUGCAACCUGCGGUGUCUGUACUGCAUGCCAGAGGAGGGAAUACCGCUAUCACCCCCCGCCAACAUGCUCACCACGCCCGAGAUCUUCUACCUCUCCUCCCUCUUCGUCUCGCAAGGCGUAACCAAGAUCCGGCUCACAGGCGGCGAGCCCACGGUCCGCCGCGACAUCGUCCCGCUCAUGCAGCAAAUCGGCAGUCUGCGCCCGCGCGGCCUCCGCGAACUCGCCCUCACAACCAACGGCAUCUCGCUGCACCGCAAACUAGACGCCAUGGUGGAAGCAGGCCUGACCGGCGUCAACCUCAGCCUCGACACUCUAGACCCGUUCCAGUUCCAGAUCAUGACGCGCCGGAAAGGCUUCGACGCCGUCAUGCGGUCAAUUGACCGUAUACUCGAGAUGAAUAAGCUGGGCGCGAAUGUGAAGCUGAAGGUUAACUGCGUCGUCAUGCGCGGCCUAAACGAGCGCGAAAUCCUGCCUUUCGUCGAAAUGGGCCGCGAGAAAGAUAUCGAAGUGCGUUUCAUCGAGUACAUGCCCUUUGGCGGGAACAAGUGGAGCGAGAACAAGAUGAUCAGCUUCCAGGAGAUGCUAGACAUCAUCCGCACGAAGUACCCCGGCCUAAGACCCGUUCCUGGACACAAAAACGACACGAGCAAGACGUACGAAGUACCUGGUUUUGUGGGCAAAGUCGGCUUUAUAACGAGUAUGACGAACGAUUUCUGCGGGUCUUGCAAUAGGCUCCGCAUUACGAGUGACGGGAAUCUUAAAGUCUGUUUGCAUGGUAAUGCGGAGGUGAGCUUGAGAGAUGUGCUCAGACAGGGCAAUGGCGGCGAGCCGAUUGACCAGGAAGCCUUUGAGCGCAUUAAGCAGGUCGAGAUGGACCGACACGAGGGCCGGUUGAGCGACGAAACGGUGCUGGGCUGGGGCCAACGCGAGCGCGAACUUUUGGACGUGGUCGGCGCUGCCGUGAAGCGCAAAGCUGAAAAGCACGCCGACCUCGACGACCUUGCCAACAUGGAGAAUAGGCCCAUGAUCUUAAUCGCGACCUCCGUUCGCGCCUUCUCAACAUCCCCCACCCCCUUCGCAAAGAAAACCUACCAACUAAAACGCCUCGCCAAAGCAAAGAAACUCCUCAAAAGCAUCGACACGUCAAGAUCCACAGACGCAUUCGGCGUCCAACAGUUUUUAGAAGACGUCGAAGCACCGAAUGAAUCCGAAAACCUCCUGAGGGAUAUCGAGAAGAAAAUUGCGAACUUGCAUCGUCGUAUUGUGGAGGUUGAGAAGGAGACGCCACUGGCUUCUGCUUCUACUUCUGCAUCUCAGGUGCCGGCCCCGCCAGUAUUGAUUAAAGAAAGUGUGGGUGAUGCGUUUGAUGCCGUUGGGACGGCGGUCAGUAACGAUGCGACGGGGCCAAGUAAGAGGAAAGGCAGAAACGAGCGCGAACGAGCCCGAAGACGGGAACAAGAACGAUACCGGAAUGAAAAGAUGAAAGAACUUGGAAUGCUAUUAGCGGAGUACAAACAACAAGCCGCAGUCGUCAAAGCGGAAGCAGAAAAAACAGCCGAGAUGCGAAAGCGACGCGAAGCCGUCCUAGCGAAGAAACGCGCACUACUUCGCCAACUACACCAACACGAAGAGGAGGAUCGCAGGGCCAAUCUCGUGCGCAGAACGAGCCAGGAAGAUGGAUCGGGUGGUUUGGGUGGUUUGCCGGAGGGAUUCGAGCUUGAUGAUGUACUGGAUGAUGCUAUGAAGAAGGUUAAGAAGAUGCCGAUGCAUCCGCCGAGGGAAGAGAGGGAGUAUAAAGAGAGGGAGGUGAAGGAUGUGGAUGUCCCGAAGGCGAAGAGGGUGGUGUGGCCGGUGGGGAAGGGGGCUGUGAGUGUGUUGAAGAGGGGUGGGGAUGGGGAUGGGGAUGAGGUGGUGGGGGAUCCGAUUAUGGAGAGGGAACGAGAUGAUGCUGGGGAUAUUCUCAUGACUGAAUCGACUGAGGAACAGGCGCGGACGACUACCAGCGAAUCCACCGACGAGCCCACCAUAGGAGAGCCAGUCGAAGAUGUCGCCAGCUCCGUUGCAAACGCAGAAGACCCCUUCCCUCCGGCCUCUGGGUGGGUGGGGGAGGCGGAGGGGAGGAGGUGGGGAGGAGGAGGGGUGGAAGAGGAAAUCAUCAGCGGCGACGUCGUCUCAUCCAAAUCGCUUCGAGGAAAGAUUCCGAUGACUACUAGCAUAUCGAGCGACAGGUCCACACCACGCCCACUCUCAUCCCCACCAACCUCGAAAGAUGACCUACGUCUCCACAUCCCUCCCUCAGGCAUCAUCCCCAUCGACUCUACCCUAAUCCUCUCCCUCGACGCCCCCGUCCCGCACCUCCAAGCCCAAAUCCUCGCCCUCCGCAACCGCCUAAAAUCCUCCUACCCGCGCAUCGACAACCUGCCCUACGACGUCUGGACCUCGUCCAACAAACGCACUUUGCAAACCUGGCUUAAAAUCUUAAUCAGUCGCUGGAACGCGCGGUUUGAUCAUGUUGAUGGUAAUGGCCAGGUGGAUAAGCGCAUUGUGGAUGAGAGGGUCAAGGAGGUACUGGAUAGUAUGGUUAGGGAACAUGAUUUGGGGAACGAGGCGGCGGAACGUAUGGCGGUGAGGUGGCAUGAGGCGUUUGAGCUGAGGUGGGAUAUGAGGGGGGAUGCGGAGGGGGUGUUGGAUUGGGAGGAGAUGGAGGCGGGGGGGUUGGGGUUUUUGGGUGUCGAAGAAGACGCCAUGGGUGAGGCGCCCUCUGGGGUUGGUGAAGAGAUGAAGCAGAAGAAAGUUGAGCCUGCGCCUGUGAGGAUGGCGGGGAGUGGCGUAACGACGCCCGGGGCCAUGGGGCGGAGGAUGUAUUCGACGUCCACGAGGCGGGGUUUUUGGUCUUGGUCCAGGAUUUUGGGGACGGAGGGGAAAGACGAGAAGAACGAGAAGAAAGAGGAGGUGAAGCAGGGACCCACGGUAGACGCCAAACCAGACAGCACGACCCAGCCAAAACCCGCUGCUCCACCGCCCGCCAAACCAGUCGCGAAGAUCGAAACGAAAACGCACGAAAAGACCAACGUCCAACCCAUCGCCAAACCAGACCUCAAGCCCGACCCAAAGCCCCAAUCAAAGCGCUCCGCAGAGUCCGUCCCACCAAAGCCCGACGCCAAAUCCGACGCCAAAGCAGACACAAAAGAUGACGCCAAACCCGACCCUCGCAAAAUUAGAGAAGACUCACCUCGGAUGCAUCGGCCUCCCGGUCAGGGCGUAAGUAAGACCGUCUUGCGGAAUAAGAGGAGGCAAGCUAAGAAGAUGGAGGAUGAGAGACGAAUGACUGAGGUACUGGAGCGAGGACGAGAGGGUGGGGAUGAACAGAUGGACGUCCAAGAGCAAGGGAUAGAAGAUGAGAAGAGAGAGUUGGGCGCACAUGAACAUGCAGGAGAAUUCGAAACCAAACAACCGCCCCAACAGCCGCCCCAACAGCCGCCAAUGGUCGAACGCGCAAUCGACAAAUUACCCCAAUACCGAGCGGACAGUAUCAAAAAGGCCGACGAAGGCUUACCUAAACCCGUACCACGGACCCACCAAAUCGUACCCAACCAAGACACCGAAACCGACACCGACAAACCAGCCUUCGUACGCGCAAAGAGACCCCUCCAGUCCCUACCUGAACUCAGACGCUCGAGGCAUGUUGAAUGGAGGAAAUUGGAGCGGACAGAAUUGCCCGGGCCGCCUAGACAUAUUGUGAAGCCUCCGACAGACAGCAAGGGCAAGGCUUCAGGAACGAAGUCGCUGCAGGACUUUUUGGAUAGCAUGAAUGAGGUUGCUGCGCAUUCGCCUUUUGAGGCGGAACCGAGACAGCAGACUCGUCCUUUGUCGAUGCUGGAGGGGGGGAUGGAGGGACUAGUGCAACAAUCCUCCUCCACUCUACAACCCCCUCCACAGACCAAACCCACCUCAUCACAAUCCCAACUACAACAAUCUCAACUACAGCAAUCCCAACCACAACACCCACAACAAUCCCAGCCUCAACCGUCCCUCCCCCACCUCACCCCCUCCGGCUCCGCACACAUGGUCUCCGUCUCCACCAAAGAACACACGACCCGCACCGCCAUCGCCGUCGGAACCGUGUAUUUCACGAACGCCGUUCCCCUCCGCCUCAUCCGCUCAAACGCCAACAAAAAGGGAGAUGUGCUGGGUACAUCGCGCAUCGCGGGUAUCAUGGCCGCAAAAAAAUGCCCAGACCUAAUCCCCUUGUGCCACCCCAUCGCUCUAACCCACGUCAGCGUUGAACUACGACUUUUUGGUGAUAAGUCGGAUCCGCGGAUGAUGGGGAAGGCAGAGGAGAUGGAAGGGAUCAUGGGGGUAUUGGACGGGAAGGGGAAGGGGAAGGGGAAGAUGGGUUUUGGGGGUGUGAACAUCGAAGCCAAAGUCCAAUGUACAGGCCCCACGGGUGUGGAGAUGGAGGCCCUGACGGCGGUUAUGGGCGCGGCGCUUAGUGUGGUGGAUAUGUGUAAGGCGGUGGAUAGGGCGCAGAGGGUGAGUGGGGUUAGGGUUGUGAUGAAGGAGGGGGGGAGGAGUGGGGGGUGGAGGGAGGGGGGGUGGAGGAGUUGGCAGGAAACGUAG